CCCGUGCAGAUGUCAUUCAUGAUGCAGCGCAUGCUGACGCUGAGAUUCGUGCGACUCUUUACUGUGAGGAAUAAAUUUGCGCUGAGUUAUCGACCUUCCGCCGUGAACAUGUCCACACUUCUCAUUAACCAAACACAGUACAGCUGGUUAAAAGAGUUAGGCCUUAACGAGGACAAUGACGGCGUUUAUAACGGCUCGUGGGGAGGACAGGGAGAGGUGAUCACUUCAUUCUGCCCCGCCAACAAUGAGCCCAUCGCCAGAGUACGCCAGGCUACAAUGGCAGAAUAUGAAGAAACCGUACAGAAAGCACAAGAAGCCUGGAAAGUUUGGGCUGAUAUUCCUGCUCCGAAGCGAGGUGAAAUUGUCCGUCAAAUCGGUGAUGCUUUGAAGAGGAAGAUUAAAGCUCUGGGUAGUUUGGUGUCUCUAGAGAUGGGCAAGAUCUAUGUGGAGGGUGUUGGUGAGGUGCAGGAGUAUGUGGACGUGUGUGAUUACGCUGUGGGACUGUCACGCAUGAUCGGAGGACCCAUUUUACCCUCUGAGAGGCCGGGUCACGCGCUCAUUGAGCAGUGGAAUCCUGUAGGAUUGGUGGGAAUCAUCACAGCAUUUAACUUCCCAGUGGCCGUUUACGGCUGGAAUAACGCUAUCGCGCUCAUCUGCGGCAACGUCUGUCUCUGGAAAGGCGCUCCGACCACACCGCUCACCAGUGUCGCUGUCACAAAAAUUGUUGCUGAAGUGUUGGAGCAGAACAGUCUUCCUGGUGCCAUCUGUUCAAUGACGUGUGGUGGUGCUGACAUCGGCACGGCCAUGGCUAAAGAUGAGCGGGUAGGUCUUCUGUCGUUCACGGGCAGCACUCAUGUGGGCAAAGAGGUGGCCAUGAUGGUACAGGAGCGCUUUGGUCGUCAGCUGCUGGAGUUGGGUGGAAACAACGCCAUCAUAGUGUUUGAGGAUGCUGAUCUGAAUCUGGUCGUGCCGUCUGCUGUCUUUGCCUCUGUGGGAACUGCUGGUCAGCGCUGCACUACUACCAGAAGACUGAUGCUGCAUGAGAGUGUUCAUGACAUGGUGGUGGAGAGAAUCACUAAAGCGUACAAGCAGAUUCGUAUCGGUGACCCCUGGGACCCAAACACUCUGUACGGUCCGCUGCACACCAAACAGGCUGUUGAACAAUAUCUGUCUGCAGUAGAGCAAGCCAAGCAGCAGGGCGGCGCUGUUGUGUGUGGAGGAAAGAUCAUGGAUCGCCCGGGUAACUAUGUGGAACCUACAAUCAUCACUGGACUGCCACAUGAUGCUCCUAUAGUGCACACAGAGACAUUUGUACCCAUCCUGUAUGUGCUCAAAUUCAAGACGGAGGACGAGGCAUUUUCCUGGAAUAACGAGGUGAAGCAAGGGCUCUCCAGCAGCAUCUUCACUAAAGACAUGGGCCGAGUGUUCCGCUGGCUCGGACCGAAAGGCUCUGACUGCGGCAUUGUGAAUGUCAACAUUCCAACCAGUGGUGCUGAGAUUGGAGGAGCGUUUGGUGGUGAGAAGCACACAGGAGGAGGCCGUGAGUCCGGCAGUGACUCGUGGAAACAGUACAUGAGGAGAUCCACAUGCACCAUCAACUACAGCAAAGAUCUGCCAUUGGCCCAGGGAAUCAAGUUUGAAUGAAGUUCUCAGUGUGAAUAGAGUCAAACACUAACUGUUUGUGUAGCUUUAGUUCUAAUUCUGUUUUCAUCCAUUUGUACUUGCAUAUAAAAUAAAACAUAGACUGUCAAGCUCUUGACUAUUUUAGAAGCACGCACUUACCCAUACUGCCCUGCAACAAACUGUUUUUUUACCAAUAAAUCAUGCUUCAGUAAGA